CUGUGGUUAACACACAUUCACCCUCUGUCAAUUUCUACUCUCAAGUUACUUGGAGGUCAUACACUUUCUUUCCUCUUCACAUACAAACUCAAUCAACACAUUUUCAUAAAAGUUCAACGGAAGAUUUACAGAACAUGCAGUUAAAUUUGCCCGAACGUCUUCAGUUCUUCUUUCUUCUGUGUUUAGUCCAGUUUGCUUCAGGAGGCCAAGAUGACCUUAUCCAAGUGCAUGGACUUCUAAACCACUCCAUUACCUUGUCAUACCACCGGCUCUUGGAACGUCCUGUGAAAAUGACAAUCUGGGAAAUAAAACGAAGGGGAAAAACCUUUGCGGUGGCGGAAUAUAAUGGAGGUCAACUUGAAAUACAAAACGAAAAAUUUGAGAACCGGAUACAAGCAUCAAAUGGUACAGAAUUAAAAAUUCACUCUCUGAGAAUGGAGGAUACUGAUAUCUACAAAGCUGAUAUUAUUCUAACAGAUUUACACAUAAAUACAGCAUACUUUAAUCUCACUGUUCAUGAGCCCGUUUCUGUCCCAAGCAUAACGGCUGAUCUGAAGGGAGACAACAAAGGUCGGUGUGAAUUUACCCUGCAUUGUUCUGUCCCAUCAAACGCGUCGCUCACGUUGUUCAGCUGGAUAUACAGAUGUGGGAAUUCUGGGUACCAGCACUAUGCAAAUGGCAGCACUCUCACUAUUAUGUUACAGAAUUUGUCAGAAACUACUGAAUUCCUUUGUUUGGCACAAAAUCCUGUGGAUGUAAAAAAUGCCUCUUUCUAUUCGGAACAGAUCUGCAAUAGUGUUAAGUCACCACCUUAUAGCACAUGCUGGAUAAAAGUAUCUAUUGCUAUCCCUGUUGUUGCAGUUCUGUGUCUUGUUGUGAUACUCUUCAUAAAGAUAGCCAAGAAAUAAAGUACAGUGAGUUAAUUGUUCCUGCAUUUUACAGUUUCUUUGUGAACCCCCGCCCCAAUAUAUAUAAUGCAUCAUGUAUUUACCUGAUUUUGUAUUGUCCCAGAUGUUGUACUAUUUAUUCUGGUCCUCUAAAAAACAUAAAACGGGGGACUCUUAAUUAAUCUGCCCCUUAAGGUUUUUUUUUUAAAAAAGUGAAAUCUUUAUCAAUUGCUCCCUGUUCCUAUUUCUGCAGCAGACAUUAAAGCAGAGCAGGAGGUAAUUCUUAACAGUCUCAAAAAGAAUGCAGAUAAAUAUCAUUGGUGAUUGUUGCCCAUAGCAACCAGUUACAUUUGAACAGCGACCAACAAGAAAAACAAGGCAAAUAUCUAAUUGGUUGCUAUGGGCAAUAGUACCAGUGAAACUUAUCUCCAACCUUAAAGUGACCAUACACGGGUAGAUAGGAUAAUACAUGGGUCCUUAAAACUAAUAUGGCAGCUUAUCUGCCCAUGUAUUGACAGGCUCACCUGACAGAUAUCUGCCUGAAAAUUGGGCAGAUGUUGAUCGACCAGGUUUGAUUUUCCAGUCUGAUUAAGGACCCCAUCGGUUGGUUGAUAUGGUUCAUGCUCAGACGGUUCCUAU